AUGUGCAUUCAAAUCGGAUCUCACUCCAUCCGGCUCCCGAGCUCCAACGACCUCACCAGGCAGCCAGCUGACGACGAUGAGUAUGGACCAGCCAACGCUGCCUCCCCAGCAGAGCCAUGCGAACUAGUCGAGCAUGGGCGAACCGGACUGCAAGAGCGUCAGCAGGAAGAUAAAGAAGAAGCAAGGCAAGGAAGAGACGACGGCAUGUGCCUGCGAGGGGAAGCUAAGGAGCCUCCAGAAGCGGAGGCGGAUAGUCUCGUCAACACCGUAGAGGCGCUGGUGAACGAAGGGCUUGAACUCGCCAAGAAGCUUCCUCCGAGGAUAUUCCACCAGGUCUCAGCGGACAUCUCUAGCUCCGGGCUGAUUCACCAGGCGCUCAGGUUCUUCCACCAGCAUACAUCUCUCCCUCGCAAGGACAAGGUCAGUAGCGUCUCCUUCCUCUCCUCCUCCUCUUCCCAUCCCGUUCGCCGUCAAGUUCCGAAACCCAAGGCGAGGAAGAAGUCUCAAGCUCGUCUGGAGCAGGAGGAGAAGUCCAUCAGGCAGAUCAAGUCGGAGAUGAUGCGAGAGCGAGCGGAGAAAGCUCGUCCUCCGCGAGUAUCUCGCCAGUCUGCUCGACCGCUCGUCUCUAUCGAGAGUGAAGAGGCGAUGGAGGGGACGAGGAUGAUCACCAGCCCGAGAUCGGUAGAAGCCUGUCUGCGAUGCGGGCUAUCACCCCAGCAACUGCUGAGCAGAAGCAUGGAGAGCUUCGCUGAGGUAGGGCUGUCGAAGUUGCGACAGAGGAUGAGGUACGAGCACGAGAAGGAGCAGAGGGAUGAUCGGGUGAGGAGAGUCCUGCGAACGAGGAAGAGGAUCCUCCGGGUAGACUUGGCCGAAAGCCACGAUGCUCAAGUGUCAGGAGCUGAUACCACGGAUGCCGGGGGAGAAAGUGAAGCUGCUGGACAAGGGAGGGCGCAGAGUUGCGACUCUUUGAGCAGUCGGAGGGAUGGUGCCUCCACUGAGUCCAGCUCCAUCAAGUUCAUCGACGUUGAGAAUCGAUCCUCCUCCUCACCUUACGUCAACAAGUUCCGCUCCACCCUCAGCCGCUCCAAAGUCUCGGCUGACUUCUCUGUCGAAGUAUCGCUCGAAGUCACGAGGAGGAGGACGCGGACGGCGAAGGAGCUGCGAGCUGCCAUGGCGGCUGAGAAGACGAGGGCGCAGCUAGAGGAACACAUCCGAUCCAAGAUCAGGGCCAAGGAGGAGACGUUGAGGAAGAAGCAGCAGGAGCAGCGGAUGUACCGCUUUGAGGUCAUUCAGCAACGAGAUGCUCGACUGAAUGCUCGGAGGGCAGCGAUCCUCGAGGAGCAGAGGAAGUGGAGGGAGCAACUAGCUGAGGAGGAGGCUGAAAGGAAGAGAAUGUCGUCGAAGAAGCUGCAGGAGGAGAAAGAAAUGAAGCUGGCGCAGAACAGAAUCAAGCAGGAGAUGGAGAGAGCAAAGGCAAGGGAACAGGAGAGGAAGAGGCUGCUGAAGGAGGAGGCGCGCAAGAAGCAGCAGCAGCAGCGGAGAGAAGAAUUGGAGCAGAAAUCUAGAGCGAGGGAGGAGGUUAGAAGGAGGCAGUUGCAGGAGGAGCGAGAAAAGAGGCAAGAGGAAGAGAGAGUCAAGCAGCUAAGGAUGCAGACUGCUCAGGAAACAAGAUGCGAGGAGGAGGAAAGAAGGAAAAGAGCUCUAGAGGAGAGGCGGUUGGAAGAGGAGAGAAAGUUGGAGAGGUUGGAGGAAGAGAGGAGGGCAGCCUUGUUGAAGCGAAAGGAGGAGAAGAAGGUAAGGGAGGAAUGGCACGAAGAGGUUCGCCGGAGCAGGCAGGAGGAGUACAACGAGUGGCUCCAUGUGGUUCAAAAGUCGCUGGAGGAGGAGAGGAGCACGCGAAGAUUUGACGAGGCGAUGAAAGAAAAGAUGAGGAGGAUGGAGGAUAGGAAAGAGAGGCUCGAGUUGAAGAGGAUGGAGGCGAUCGGGCUGCAGGAGAGGCGGUGUAACUACCUUGUCCGUGUGAGGGAGGACAAGGAGAGAAGCCUGAAGGACCUGAAAGAAGGAAGGAGGGCGAGGAAGGAGAUCGAGGACGAGAGGAGGCGGUUGGAGCGACUCACCAAGAUCGAGAGAGUGAGGGAGAUGAGGAGGGCACAAGAAUAUCAGAGGCUGUUGCAAGCGAGAGCCAACGACCAGGAAGCGCUGCAAGCGAGGCAGAGGUUGGAGAGCAAGAAGAAGGCAAACCACGAGAAGCUGAAGGUGUUGUCGGAGAUCGAGAAGGAGAAGGAGGAGGCCAAGCACAUGCUGAGCUUGUUCAACCGCCGACCGCAACAAGUCCUGGGCAAACUUGAGAAGCUCCUGCACAAUAUGGAAGACAAAGUCAACGAGUCCAUACAAGCACCCGACCCCCAGCCUUCUCCUACUCAACUUUACAGCAAGUUCGGUCCUGUCCCUCCCUCCCGCAAGGCUCUGGUCGCGUCCUCCGGCUCCUCCUUUACCUCGCCGCUCUCGAAGCGAGUGAGACGAGGGUCGAUGACGCCAACUCGACCCUCUUUGACGGAGACCCUCGACGAUCAGCACGUCUCGAGCAUUGAUGUUGAUGGGGUUGAAGGCAGCUUGGGAGCUGGCGGUGACGGAGGCGAUGGACAUGCGAAGCAGCAAGAAGUCGUUGAAAGGCAAGAGGAGGAGCAGAGCGAACCUGGUUGCGUCGUCUCUCCCAGAUCCGACGAAGAGAGUCAGUACGGCUAUGACGACAAUGAUUAUGACAUGGAAGACUCCGCGAGCGACCGCGAGUCCUCCGUCUCUAAACACCUUCCGUCCGAACACGAGGAGGACGAGCCUGGCGGUGUUGGAAGAAACGACACGUUUGAAGAGGACGAGGACGAGGACGAGGAUAGACGAGGGAAGGGGUAUCAUCGAAACAUGUGCAAGGAGGAGGAGGAGGAGGAGGAGGAGGAGGAGGAGGAGGAGGAGGAGGAGGAGGAGGAGGAGGAGGCUCUCUGCAUGAUGAUCAUUCGCCAGCACUCGAGGACUUUGAAGUGGAUGAAGAAGAAGAAGGCAGAGGUCGCAAGAAAGCAGCAUCAUCAGCUGGAGGAGGAGGAGGAGGAGGAGAUCCAAUGA